UCCUCACAGUAUCACGCACCUCGGGUUACUCUCGCAGGUGAAGCAAACCGUUCGCCACUAUCCGACGACGACGCGCGCACUGCCACGAAAUUCUCUCUCUCUCUCUCGUUGCUCUCUUCCUUUCUUCUCGUUUUCCUUUUCCCUUUUCUCCAACCCCCGUUCCUCUUAUUCUCUUACCCUUCUUCCGGUUCGGCCCGUGAUCAACCCGCGACAACCGUGACGGAUCGUGUCCACGGAGGAUCCAGCCGAUCCCGAUGUGUUCAACCGCGAGAGACGGCCUCGGCCUUGCGACUGUUACCAGUGCACCAUGCCAUUGAGAAGAUUUCUCUGAAGGAAGAAUCAGAGUAGCCUUCGUGUUCCGUUCCGCCACGUGCUUCGCGACCAUAUUUUAAACGUCGUCGUCGUCGUCGUCGUCGUCCUUCAGUUUUUAUUUCCUUUUCAUUUUGUCCUUUUAAUCCUGUCUUCAGCCUUCCACCUGCUCUCUAUUCUUGCUCUUCGAUUUCUCAUCGGAUUUUUCAAAUAUCUCGCGUCCCAUCGACUCGCCUGAUUCGUUCCCCGGUGUUCUGUGGCUGCGCCCGUCUUUAGUGAAUCAGAAUGCUUCGAUUAGUUCUCCUUUUCGUCUCCAUUUCCGGAGCUUUUCACGAGACUACAGCAGCCUCGCAACAUAUUAACAAAGACCUAGCCAACCACUACAAUGCACGUUUUCACGCUUACGAGGAACCGUACAGUAUUGAGUACACAUAUCAUAAUUACGAGCAAAUGAGUCGUUUUCUACGGACAACGUCGCUUCGUUUCCAAAACCUGACUGCCUUAUACUCUAUAGGAAAAUCUGUGAAAGGACGCGACUUAUGGGUGAUGGUUGUUUCUUCCUCGCCAUACGAACAUAUGAUUGGCAAACCUGAUGUGAAGUACGUAGCUAAUAUACAUGGGAAUGAAGCCGUGGGUCGUGAGUUAAUGUUACAUCUGAUUCAUCAUUUCGUAACCAAUUACGGAUCAGAUCCAUAUAUUACAUGGCUGUUAGACAAUACUAGAAUACAUAUUCUUCCGUCGAUGAAUCCUGACGGUUUUGAAGUGUCGAAAGAAGGAUACUGCGAAGGCGGACAAGGGAGAUACAACGCUCGUGGCUUCGAUUUGAACCGAAACUUUCCCGACUAUUUUAAGCAAAACAAGAUUAAAAGCCAGCCAGAAACCGAAGCUGUUAAAGAAUGGGUGUCGAAAAUUCAAUUUGUUCUAUCCGGAAGCUUGCACGGUGGUGCCUUAGUUGCCAGUUACCCGUUUGACAAUACGCCGAAUUCGCGAAUAUGCCGGUCAGCGCCAUUGUGUGCAGUGUUUCAGAGUUAUACAUCGGCGCCAAGCAUUUCGCCGGACGACGAUGUGUUCCAACACUUGUCGCUAGUAUAUUCCCGGAACCAUGGGUCCAUGUACCAAGGACUCCCAUGCUCCCAAUCGCAACCUGGAUUUAAGAACGGUAUCACCAAUGGCGCGCAGUGGUACCCGUUAACUGGAGGAAUGCAAGACUUCAAUUACGUUUGGAAUGGGUGCAUGGAAAUCACGUUGGAGCUCUCGUGUUGCAAACAUCCACCAGCUUCGGACUUGCAAUUCUACUGGGAUGAAAAUCGUGGAGCUCUUAUAAAAUUCUUAGCAGAGGCUCAUAGAGGUGUACGCGGGUUUGUAGUUGAUGAGAACGGGAAUCCUAUCGAAAGAGCGUCUAUUAAAGUGAAAUCCCGCGACGUUAGUUUCUUAACUACAAAAUAUGGAGAAUUUUGGAGAAUUUUAUUACCGGGAGUUUAUAAACUUGAGGUAUACGCAAAUGGAUAUCUACCACGUGAUGUAGAAUUUAGAGUAAUGGAACAGCAUCCAACGUCUUUCAACGUAACAUUAUACAGGGCAAAUAGAUAUCCCAACGAAGAGGAAAAUGGGUCUAAUUUCUAUGCCGGAAACAGGGAUCACGUUCAUCGUGAUCAUGUGAUACAUUUUCAGCCGCACCCUGGAACCAACACGGCUGCCGACGCAAACAGUGGAAUAUUCUCGUCUCUCAGUAACGGAUUUAAUUCUUUCGUCAGUAAUUGGUUCGGGUGAUUAAUUAUAAAUUAUUGACCUAAGCCUGGAUCGAGUAAAUCAUUGUCGUUUGACGUAAACGACAAACUUGACACAUAUUGUGAUCGUAAAAAAAUUGGAACGAAAAUUAUUGGGGACAAACUAUUCUAUCGAGAACGGUUACCAGUAGCAAACUGUUGGAGAUGUUUAAAUAUUUUAAUAUCGCAAUGUUACAAUAUUUAAAUAUUUUAUUAAUCGGAAUAUUAUAGUUAUUUAUUACUUUAUCUUGUUAUAGUUUUUUAAUAUGCUAUAUCUAAUAAUGCAGUUGCGAAUUUUUCAAAAUUAUAAAAGUUUUAUAAAACGAAUUGACGUAGAAGAUUGUUGGAAUAACAGCGCAAUUUAUUUUGUAGAUACGAAAAUAUUUCUAUUAUUUGUCUUACGUAAAAAAAGUUAUUUAUUUAUUAUUUAAAACAA